CGAACUGUUAACAAGGUUAUGAGGCUGUAUAAUUGAAAACGCUUAAAGUGCUGUGUUUAUGUUCGAGCAACAAGGUUUGAAUUUGAAAAAUGUUUACAAGAUAAAAAAUUUAAUCAUUUAAAAAUCAUUGAAGAUGCUUACAAAUUACAAGAAUGAAAGGUUGGGAAAAUAUAAAGUGGAACAAGUUUGAGGAUUUUAUAAUGGAUUCAUUGCAAUUCAGAACUAUUUGAUGACAUCUACAAAGAUGGAAACAGUGUAUAGAACUCUGUGUUCUAACACUAAUAACAUUGCAGUUUGGAGUUCCAGACUUAUAUAUGUCAAGAGAUUUCAACCUGGAUGUUUAUGCAAGUGAUUGCAUUUAUCAAAAUGCAUAGCCCAAAAAGAUUAAAAAUAACAGACGUAAACCCUCAUCUGAUAUGUGUUUUGUGUGGUGGUUAUUAUAUUGAUGCUACUACAGUAAUCGAGUGCCUUCAUUCAUUUUGCAAGAGUUGUAUUGUUAAGUAUUUGGAAAAAAACAAAUACUGCCCCAUCUGUGAUGUGCAGAUACAUAAAACAAACCCACUUCUGAAUAUAAGAACAGACAAAACUCUUCAAAAUAUUGUGUAUAAAUUAGUACCGUCACUGUUCAAAAAUGAAAUGCAAAGAAGAGUUGAAUUUUAUCAGAAACAUCCCGAGGCUUUACCUGCCAAUCCUGAACAAAGAGGUGAAGUCUCAGAUAAUACAUUGGUAUUAUUUCCUGAUGAGCUACUUAUAAUAUGCCUGGAGUAUCAUAAUGUUCAAUCUAACCAUCAGGUGAAUAAAAGGUAUCUGCAUUGCCCAGCUGCUUUAACAAUAUCUCAUCUUAUAAAGUUGAUAAGAGGGAAAUUUGGUUUACAUUCUGGACAUCAAGUUAAUAUAUUUUAUAAAGAUGAUCCUCUGAUGGAACACAUCACUCUCAUGGACAUUGCUUAUACUUACCAGUGCCGUAGGAAAAUCCCUAUUCAUCUAACCUACAGAAUAUUAGAAUUAAAAAAGAAGACAAUAAGAAUAAUUGCAAAAGAACCCAAGAAAGAAAGUAACAAAGAGGAAAAGCUGCUGGUAGAAAGUGAAUGGAAAGAAGUGCAGUUACAAAUAAGUGAGAAUGGAGUGAUGAGCGUGCGUAAUGUUGAAAACAGUGAGUGCUCUCCAAUACCUGGCUUAGAGGCACCUCCUAUUUGCAGUCCAUCUCUCUUGCCUCCAUCAAAGAACAUGAACCAUCUUUGCAUGACAAGUGUGUCUAACACUAUCGUCAGCCAAGGAUUAACUUCCAUUACUCCUCCAGAGAUUGCCACUGCGGUUUCAUCUCGUAGUGUAGUAGCACCAGUUUCUGCUGUUGUUACUUCUUCAAAUGGAGCUCCACCAUUAAUGAAUUGUCUUCUCCCAGGUAACAGUGAAGUAGGUGCUUUUCCUGUCCCGAUUACUUCUUCAGCUACUAGUACAACAUUGUCUGUUAAUUCUACUGCUCCAUCACCUGUUGCAGUUCCUUCAUCCUUAUCAUUAGUUACUACAACUAGUGAAGUUAAGGCACCCUGUGUCAUGUUUCCAACUUCGGUAACUACUUCUGACCUAACUGUUGUUGCUCCAUUGACUAUUAAUCAGCCUACUACAUCAACACCUCCUUUAAGUAUGGCAAUGGCAACAAAAACAGUCUCAGGAACAUUACCAUUGCCUUCGCACUCUUUAGAACCAUGUACAGUCAGUGUGACAACAACUAUGGCUGCAAUGAAACCGACUACUAAUAUUGUCCAAACCAGUUAUCCUAUAAUGUCAACUCCCAGACCCCCGACAGAGCCAAUAGUCAGUGUGAGUAAAGUAAGUAAAGAUCAAGUUAGGAAGGCAAAUAGUGUGAUUGAAGUUAAUAAGUUAAGUAUCAGUAGAGUUCCACCUGGUGGAAUGAAAGAAAAAGGUGAUGUUUUAAAUAAAAUAGUCAACAAAUUGAGUCCGAAUGAAAGAGUUAUUGGGAACACCUCUGUUACAAUAAGACCUGUUACAAAUACAAAUAACCCAACCAAAUUAUAUCCAGGACCAAAACCUAACUCUGGUCUACCCAAUCCUGGUGUUGCAGUCAGUAAAGAAAAACCUCAACCAACUGCUAAGUAUAAAACUUUGAAAUCCCCAACCAAGCAGUGGAACCCUAGUAUUGAUAGGUCUACGGUGUUGAUGAAACAAAACUCAGACCAAUCUAAACCAGCUAGAUUUUUCAAAAUGAGGAAUAUGCCUAGGUUUCUAGGAAAUCCAGCAUCUGGUGUCAAGCCUUUGUAUGCGUGUCCUGAAGAACCUAUUUCUUCUCAGCAAAAACAAAAACUUACGCUUAUGAAAGUGGACCCUAAAACAAUACCAACUAGUUCGAUACCAAGAUCUCCUACAAAACAACCCCCACCUUACACUCCAGGGUCUCCAAAAUUGUCCAAGCAGCCUCCUACUUUCAGUGAUCCUAAACCUUAUUUGAGCCCUCGCAUGCCUCCUAGCCCUGCCCACUCUGCUAGUUUUAUCUCCCCUAAUCCUUAUCACCUUUUAUAUAGUGGUUACCCUGGUUUCUCUCCUGACCCAAACAGGAUGCUCUCUCCAGAACUUAUACGAUCUAUGUGUGCCUAUCAUCCUUCUCUCAACCCUUCAAUAGGAAUGUUGUUUAAUCCAAUACACACCUUGCCACGUCCCCAGGAUACAUUUAAGCCUGAACAAACUCCUGCUGUUCAGAGGAUACCACCAUCUAAAACGGAAACUCCCCCACCUCCAAAAAUAAGUGAUGAAAAGAAACCAUUACCCUUGCCAAGUCCUAGUGACAACAGCAAGUGUACACCUCCUCCUCCUUCCCCUAAAGAUGACAAUAAAGCACAUCUAUCAGUGUCUGAAGCCUCAAAAGUUGUACCGCAAACUACAGAAGCACCCUCUCAAAUAUUGAAAAGUGUUGAGGUCAGAGAAAAUCAUACAAACUCAGCAAAAACAGGAGAAAAGACAAAUGCUGUUGAUAAUAGUUUAGUGAAAAUGAACUGUGAUGAAAUAAAUAUUAACAAUAAUAUUUCUAAAGAAUCUCACCCUUCCCAAAAUUCUGAAGGAGUAACUAGAACCGAGUGAUAAUAACUUGCUCAAGUUUUCAAUUGAAUUAAUUGUUUUUCCAAUUUUAAGAAAAUAUAUAUAUAUAGUCAGUAUGUUCAAUGUAAAUUAUAUUUAAGUUCAAAAGCCAUUAAAAGUAUGUAAUUAUUUUUCAUGUUGAAAAUAAAGUAUAGUUGUAUUUAUUAUAAAUAAUAGUUAGUCGAAUAUUGUUUUAAUUUGUAUAUAUUUACUUGUUAUUGUUUUAAGUAGUUUUAAAACAUAAUGACAAUCCGUG